CACUUGGCCCGCAGGAGACUUCCCAAAGGCACAGUCACUUCCUUCAGUUGUUGGCAGAAGACAGUGAAAAUCGUGUUACAAAAACCUCUUAUUUACCACUCAAUUUUGUUACAGCUUGCGUCACAUUACCUCGAAUUGGCAGAAAUGGCCUCCGCCACUAGGCGGAAUAAUAUCAUCUCGGCAAAUAUUGGUUUUCUUCGAGGUUAGUUUGUUAGGACUCGUUUGGAAUGCACGAAAACAUUAAUGGCUGGCUUAUUUCACCAACACGUAUUGCAUGUGCUCUCUGAAGACCGUGCAGUCAGCAACGUUUCUUCCUCUGUUGCGGUAGGAUCCCGUUUUGAUUUGCCAUGGAAGAAAAGUCUGCACCGAAAGAUGCAGCAGCAGAUGCGUAUCGCUGCGAAGGCUGCAAUCGCUCCUGCGCCUCUGCACGGGGCCUCAAACUGCAUCUGCGGGCCUGCAUUCAGCCACACCACAAUGGAACUAAGUCAGCCCAAGCUCCCGCGGAGAAACCUGGCAGAGAUUCCUCGGACGAAGAGUCCGCGGAGGUCUCGCGGAUUACGAGGGGUAGGAAAAGUAAGGCAGCCACGCAACAGGGGCCCGCUCGUACCUUGCUGAGUUGUGAACGGUGUGGGCUCCCUUUUGACCCAAAAAAGGAUGGCCCCCACUGCAAAAACUGCACACGGGACAACUUGGAGAGCGAAGGCAUCGACGAAGACCUCGAGGACGCCCCCAAGAAGGAUGACUCUGGGGAGGACAGCGGACCGUGCACUCUCCAAGAGGUGAUGGCUCCCAAUGAGACUCAAGAUGGAGAAGACGGUCCCAUAAAGAAUAUAGGUGCAGUGGAGGACAUCAUCAAAGCAGUGGCCACGGAGGGACGCAAGACAAAAGCCUCGGGAAAGGCUGACCUGACCUGUCCAGUCUGCAGCAAGACAUUCUCUAAGAAGCACUACCUUCAGCGUCACCUGCAGCUGACAGCAUGUUCUGGCGGACCUCCACCUGCGCACCCCUGUGAAGUCUGUGGCAAGGUUUACACGCGCAAGGACAACCUGCGCGAGCACUUGCGAGCUCACGCGGGAGAAGUGACACGUCGCAAGAAGUUCAAGUGCGAGCACUGUGGCAAGUGCUUUCACGGUCUCUCUCUACUGAAGAUUCACCUUCGGGUGCACACUGGCGAAAAACCCUUUCCCUGCGACUACUGCUCCAAGGCCUUUCCUUCAGUCACUUCCCUCAACAAGCAUCGGCGCAUUCAUACGGGAGAGAAACCGUAUGCCUGUGCAGAGUGUGGAAUGAGGUUUUCCCUGAAAGGCACCCUGAACCGGCACUGCCGCAUCCACACGGGGAUCCGCCCGCACAAGUGUCCUUACUGUGGCAAACAGUUCAUCCAGGGUGGAGGCCUGAAAGCCCACCUCUUUCACCAUACAGGGAUGAAUGGGUUCAAGUGCACAGUCUGCGACAAGGUGUUCAACCGCAAGGCCCGGCUAGACCUGCACAUGAAGUACCUGCACCUGAAGGAGAAGUCGCACGUGUGUGCCGACUGUGGAAAGGGUUUCACACGGCGCGAGGACCUGACGCGCCACUCCGUUCUACACACGGGCGAGAAGCCCUUCCAGUGCCCCACGUGCCUUAAACGCUUCUCCAUCAAACCCUCCCUCAAGAUUCACAUGGUGACCCAUACGAAAGAAGAACCGCGCUCGUGCCACGAGUGCGGACGAGCGUUCAUCCGCAAGGACUGCCUCAUGCGCCACAUGCGGAAGCGCCACCGCGACCUCCUCGACCGCAUCUUGCUGGACGAAGAGGACGAGCAGUUCUCGCAGCCCAAGAGCAGCCAGGUCCCGGUUGCCCGCGUCCUGUCUGAGCAGGCACUAUGCGAGAGCAUCCGCGAGCUGCUGGGACUGCUCGUCGACGAGCCCACCCUUAAGGGAUUUGGCUAUCCGGACCGCCCGGUCGACGAGCUUCUGGAAGCCGUAAUCCGCAGGUGUGGCCACAGUCCGGCGAGUCCGGAUGACUACGGCUACAUGGACCGCCUGCGAGAGAACUCGAAGCUGCUGUUCACCGUGGUGAUCGACGACAAUGCCGUGAAAACUUUGCUCAACAACCAGACGGUGGACGAAGUGAUCUUGCAUGUUUUGCGACUCGCAAAAACAUGAAAACAGCCUUUCUUCCGAUCAUGGUACACCGGAGAUGCGCAUAUUUUUGUUUUAGGUGGAUGCUGGGAAAUAUUGAUUUUUGGCUUAAAAUGAGCGACAAUUUCUCCAUCGUAUCAUCUGGAGAAGUGAGACAAGGAAAGGAAAAAGUGCAUUCCUCGCGUAGUGCACUGUAUUGCAUAGUGCGCAGAAUUCCUGUAGUACAGCGGGAGCUUUAAAAAAUGUCAACAAGGAAAUGAAUGUGUUGUUUGCGUCUUGUCACUCGUUUUGACAGACAGACAGAUGUAGCACGACGGAAAUUGAAACUCCCACCAUUUUUUUGUCCGUCUUUACUCGCGUUUUGUAGGAUAUUGUAAGAGCAUUGUCAGUUACCUCGUUCUGAAUAUACGUGUAUCUGCAGCAGUGAAUCGCCGUUCUUGUCUAUGUGACACAGAAUAUGGAUUUGGUGUCAGACAUGUUCUUAUUGGAUGUAGCGCAGUAUUUACCACCUUUGCGGCGAAAGCGAAACACUUUAGAGCAUAAUCGUGGCGCAAAAAUUGUUUUUCAAACGUAUUGUGCCUUAUUGGAUGUUUUAUAUCGACUCCCUUUACUCCCACAUUGAUAUUUUUGUCACAAAAAUUUGAUUUGAUAUUCGGGACAAAGAGCCUUUGACAUGACAGAAGCCUCAAUUUUUUGCCAUAUGGCAAAAGACCAAAAUUUGCAUCAUGAAGCCCUCGUGUCACACUUGGUAUUCUGGACAUUUUGUGACAGUCACGAAACCUGCAGCAGACUAGAAAGCCUCGAAAUGCCACAUUCCGCACACUCAUAUUUUGUCUUCUUUGAUGCCUAAUAUAUAUUCUCUCUUUCGAACAUCCCCAUAAUGUAGAAAAUGUCAGCUCCAUUUCAACUUGUAUCUCUCUUACGUGUGUGUCAUUGUUUUUUUGUUUUUUUUUUGCGUAAUAAAUCCACAGGAGUACAAAGAAUGGUUAUGCUUGUGCACUAUGACAUGUUUUCAAAAAAUGUUAUUACAGCUGUUGUGCCUUUUUCUAAUACCUACGCGAUCACUCUAAUAAAGUAUCCUGCAACAACUUUUC